UCCCCCUGGACUUUGAAAUGCUUUACCUGAUCGGCUUGGGCCUGGGCGAUGCCAAGGACAUCACAGUCAAGGGCCUGGAAGUUGUAAGACGCUGCAGUCGAGUGUAUCUAGAAGCCUAUACCUCAAUCCUGACUGUAGGGAAGGAAGUCCUGGAAGAGUUUUAUGGAAGAAAAUUGAUUCUUGCUGAUAGAGAAGAAGUGGAACAAGAAGCUGAUAAUAUUUUAAAGGAUGCUGAUAUCAGUGAUGUUGCAUUCCUUGUGGUUGGUGAUCCAUUUGGGGCUACCACACACAGCGAUCUUAUUCUGAGAGCAACAAAACUGGGAAUCUCUUACCGAGUUAUUCACAAUGCUUCCAUAAUGAAUGCUGUAGGCUGCUGUGGUUUACAGUUGUAUAAAUUUGGAGAGACGGUUUCUAUUGUGUUUUGGACAGACACUUGGAGACCAGAAAGCUUCUUUGACAAAGUGAAGAAGAACAGACAAAAUGGCAUGCACACAUUAUGCUUACUAGACAUCAAAGUAAAGGAGCAAUCUUUGGAAAAUCUAAUCAAAGGAAGGAAGAUCUAUGAACCUCCUCGGUAUAUGAGCGUAAACCAAGCAGCCCAGCAACUUCUGGAGAUUGUUCAGAAUCAACGAAUACGAGGAGAAGAACCAGCAGUCACUGAGAAGACACUCUGUGUUGGCUUAGCCAGGGUUGGAGCCGAAGACCAGAAAGUUGCAGCAGGCACUUUGCAGCAGAUGUGUGCUGUGGACUUGGGAGGACCAUUACACUCCUUAAUUAUCACAGGAGAUAGCAUGCAUCCACUGGAGAUGGAGAUGCUAAGUCUGUUUUCCAUACCAGAAAAUAGCUCAGAAUCCUGUUGAUGAACUUCAUGAACAUAGACAUUUUCUAUUGUUAGAUACUAAUUUCAGUCAUAUAUGCAU